AUGUGGAUUCUCCCGCUCGUUGGCUAUGUGGGCGCCGUCGUGGGCUUCGGCUUCCUAACACUCGCCAUUGCCUCCGGCCUCUACUACCUCUCCGAACUCGUCGAGGAGCAUACCGUGUUCGCCAAGCGUUUUCUCAACCGCCUCAUCCAGGGCAUCAUCGUCCUCCAGGCCGUCCUCUGCAUCGUCGACCGGUUCCCCCUGUGGCAGACACUGCUCGGCAUCUUUUCCCAUGUCGUUUACCUCGGCAACAUGCGGCGGUUCCCCUACGUCCAGCUGAGCGACCCUCUUUUCCUCCUCUCGUGUGUGCUCGUGCUGCUCGAUCACUACGUCUGGUUCAAGUACUUUUCGACGACGCAGCAGCGUGCCUAUCAGAACAUGUCGUCGUACUACGACACGCCCGCCAACGUGCCGACGUUUAUGCAGAUUGCAUCCUACUUUGGCAUCUGCGUGUGGCUGGUGCCCUUUGCGCUGUUUGUGAGCCUGUCGGCCAGCGACAACGUGCUUCCGACAAUGGGCGGCGGCAGCAACGACGCCGGCGGGUUGGGCGGCGGCGGUGGCGGCGGCGGAAUCAACAGCGGCCUGUCCUCGUCGUCGACGUCCAAGCGCGGUCAGGGCAUGGCCAAGGCUGUGGUCGACAGCGUGCUGUCUGUUUUUAGCAGUGUCAGUUCUGCGACAGGGCUGAAGCGAGCUGAAGACUGA